UAAAUUAGUUAUUAAUUUAUUAAACCUAAGUUCAUCUCAUCAUGUGGCUCCCAAGUUCCUGUUUGCAUUUUGGUCCAACACCUGUCUCAGAAAUCAUGACAAAUACAGAAUGAUCCUGGAAGAAAACUGCAUAAAAACCUGAGAUAAAGUAGAGGUUGCCCUUCCAGCAAGCAGAAUCAGAAACAGAUGUAAUCAAUAAGUAAAUAAUGCAUCAUCCACCCUGAUGCCAGGCUGGUAGGCAAACUGCAGGGGAUCUAGGAAGACCUCACCAGGGGGCGAAGAUGGUAGAGGAUCAGCCUCCCAAAGGUUUUCAUCAGGUGUUACAUUAGUGCUACCGGCUGCAGCCGUUGAGGUCUUUGGGGUGUUCAGUCUUGGCUGCUCUCAGAGAAUAAAAUUAUUCAAAUUUCUAUUGAUCUUUUUAGGAAAACAUAGUAAUUAGUAAACACGCAAAUCAAUGUACAGACAGUGUCCCACGGUUCAUACCAGUAGGUGGCGGUAAUGCAUACCUUCAGUUUUGUGCCAAGAAAGAAAGAAGAAGAAGACGCUGUAGGCGCGCGCAACUUGAAUCAGGAAGCGCUCGUUGUUUUCUGGCGUCGCUGUUUUUACUUUAUGUGUCGUCGGUGAGACAACGUUGGGAGACCGAACCAAGUCUUUCCACACCGACGGGAUAAAAAGGAGGAAACAUUUGGCUGAAAAUGUCCGCUGGGCUCGAGACGACGAACAUAGAGUUCGGGAAGAGGGACAAUCUGCAUCAACAGGUUCUCGCCGCCUUCCCGCUGUGUGACGUCACAGAGGAAGAUCUGACCCAGAAUCCUCAGUUCAGUAAACUCCUGGCCACCCUUACCCAACAUGUGGACAAGAGUGGGCUCACCGUCCCGCUUAAAAGCGAGCUGGACAAGGCUGAGCAGAAACUGCAGAGCCAGAAGCGCCUGUGGCUCCGAUCCGAGAGCCUCCACAGAGGGCUGCAGGAGAUGAUCCAGGACUUCUGUGUCAGGAAGCGCCGCGCUACGCUUCCUCCUGAUCAGACCAUGUUCUAUGGAACGAUGGAGACGUGUCUUCGUGUGACUCAGUGCGUCAGACUGCUAGAUCCUAGCAGCGCUACCACCCAGGACCAGCCGGCGGUCCUGGGUCUAACGCCCCAGCAAGUCAUCCAGCUCCUGCCUCCAGAAAAGACGGUACAACGGAUGAAACAGGCGCUUCCCAGGGAGCUGGAGAAACAUCUGAAGCAAAAGUGUCUGAGCCUCGUCUCUUACUAUCAGCCAGAAUGGGAGAAUGAGAGUGAGGGUCUGAAGACCAGCAAGUUGUCUCACCUGCCCCCCCUGCUGGACAAAGAGAAGAAGAGAGCGGAGCUCCUGAAGACGACCUGUCGAGAAAACACCGUCCUCCUGCAGAGACAAACGCAGCUCUACCUCUCUGAGCUGGUUAAAAGCAUCCAGCUCCUCCAGACGCUCAUCUUGGAUCACAGACUGAAGGUCCAGACAGACCUGGACAGGAAGAAACUGGAUUACUUUGAAGGCAAAUGUGAAUUAGUCCUGAAGAAGAUCAAAACCGAGAUGGUGGAAAUUCAGCUGGACACCUACACUGCUGACACUAUUUCUGCUCACCGUAAAAUAAGGGAGAUGCUGGAGUGCGAGCUGAAGGCUUGCCACGCAGAGAGGCAGGCCGUGCAGUCGAAGCUGUCGUCCUUUGAGAUCUUGGGCAAAGCGUUUGAGGCCCUGGCCGACGAGUACGUCAGAUUACGGCAGGAGAUAGACAUGAAGAACUGGGCUCUGAAGAAACUCACCCAGUACACUGAAAACUAGCUCACGCCUGAUACGACCCGCUGUCAGGGCGGCCUUUUCACUCCAUCUAUCAGGUCGUUUUGCCGAAAGGACAAUUCUGCAUUUGUGAUAGAGAAUGUGGACAUUUGGUUCAGAGGAACAGCACACCCCUGCGUUAUUGUUGCUGGGUGCUUACAGUAAAGCAUCGUGCUUCAGAUCCCAUCUGUAGUCCAUCAGUAGCUGCAUUCUCAUCCUUUAUACUCAAAUCAAGAUUUCUGCUUGUAAAUACAUGCUGGUUUCCCUUAUGAUAGUAUAUUGUGUAUUAAUGUAUGAUUAAAAAUUGGAUAUAAAACAA